AUGAAGUCCCUGGCUCUGCUUUUCCUGCUGUCCGUGGGCGCAGCCAGCGCUGCUCUCUCACCCCGGGCUGUGUGGGAUCUUAGGAGCAUGAUGAAAUGCACCAUGCCGGACAGCCAUCCUCUGCUGCAAUAUUCUGACUACGGCUGCUACUGCGGCUUGGGAGGCAGCGGGACUCCGGUGGAUGAGCUUGACAGGUGCUGUCAAGCACAUGAUGCCUGCUAUUCAAAGGCAGAGAAACUGGAAUCAUGCACAUUCAUCAUCGACAACCCUUACACAAGGACGUACAGCUUCACCUGCUCCAACGGCCAGAUUACGUGUGACAGCAACAACGACGCGUGCCAGAUGUUCAUCUGCAACUGUGACCGCACCGCUGCCAUGUGCUUCGCCAAGGCGCCCUACGAUCCCAAAUACAACAGGCUGGACACCAAGAAAUACUGCCACUAA